CUAAAAAAAAUUUAUCAAAGGAACAAAAUGGUUAGCGGUAAAAAGAAACCACGUGUGUAGUCGACGAAAAAAACUACCCAUUUACCAAAUAAUUUUCCAGUUUAUUGUAGUAAUUAAUUAUGAGCAGGACAAUGUCUCAAGGUACGGACAUCAAAGCUUUUGAAGAAGCUGUGAAAAAAGUAGAUGAUAUAAUAAGACGUUUCGAUGACUCGACUAGAAACGCAUUGGUGUCUCAUAUUGUAACAACAUGGUUGGCUGAAAAAUUCGGUUCUGUAUCAGUUUCAUCAAGUGCAGAGCAGAAUCACUCGAAAGUUGAAAAUGGCGCAGACCAAGAUGAUGAUGAUUACGAUCCCGAAGUGUUGGAUGACCCCAUCAUGGCCUUAGAACGCAUCGUCGCUAGUUUAAAAUCCAAAGUACCUCAAAGUGGAAUUCUUCCAUCAGAAACUUUCAUUACAUCCGAUAAACAAAAGAAUUCCGAGCCUGAUUCUGCUACGACAAUUCAUAUCGACGGCUUCCUUUACGAUGAAGAAGAUCUAGAAAAUCUUGAAGAUGAAGGAGAUCUUGCUCGUUAUUACUGCGAGGAUUGCGGUUCUAAAAAAAUUAAAUUCUUGAACAUAGUAUCAAAUUCAAUGAAUCGCGAGGAACUGUUUCAUAUCUUCAAUGAUUAUCUUCCAAGACUUGACGGGAAGAUUGUUCUCGAUGUCGGCUCACGUCUUGGUGCAGUUUUAUACGGCGCUUACGUAUUUACCGAUGCUGAAAAAAUAAUUGGCGUGGAAAUGAACAAAGAAUUUUGCGAUAUUCAAAAUGAGAUUGUCAAAGAAUUUAAAAUGUCUAAAAGAAUUGAAGUUAUCAACAAAGAUAUCAAAGAUGCUGCAGACGUACUGGAGUCAGCGGACGUUGUUGUCAUGAACAAUGUCUUCGAAUCUUAUUUACCAGAAGAUCAGCAAGUGGAGAUGUGGAAUUUUUUUAAGGAACACAUAAAGAAAGACGCUUUCAUUGUAUCCCGGCCACAUAUUAAAGAAAUAUUUGAUAAAUUAAAUGUCAAUAUUAAUGUCGAUGAGUGGGUAAAAAAAGUAGAGGGUAUCGAUGGCAGUUGCAAGUCCGAAAACACAUCAAUUACAGUAGAACUACCCUUGUCAAAAAUAGCUUGCUACGUAGUUUUAUAGAGUGUGCUGCCAAACUGAUCCCAACAAUUUUAUACUACAAGUGAUCCCUACAAAUUGAUCCCACUGACAUUCAGUUUAAAAUAAUAGAGAUGAUAACAAUGAAAAUCUUUACGAAACUGGUGAAUUAGAAAAUCAGUUGUUACUUGGACCAGUUGUCAGUUGAAUUUAAUCUGUGGGAUCAAUUGUUGUGUGAUCACUUGUCUGGGAUCAGUUAUCAUGGAACUGUUUUAUAGAAUCAUCAUUUAUUUCAGUAUAUUUUUUACAAUUAAUUAUUUUUAUUUGCCUCAUUACUAUGUUACUCAAUUAAAGAAGCAUCUUGGUGGUAUUUAUUAUCGUUAAAAAUAUCAUAAUAGCAUCAGCUAUAAAUAUACGGAAGUCACAUAAUAAGAGAAACUAUUAUUUUAAUUAGCAAUGUCUGUGUGUGUCCAGCUGAGUGAAGUUAAAUAAUUAUAAUAUUAAUCCGUUAUAUAUCUAUACAACUGUUAUAUAUGUAUAUACAGUAUGCAAUAGCAUGGAGUCUUUAUAAGUACCUAGACUGAAACGUCGAGCCCCUUCUCUGGAUCCGUGAGUAGGAGAAGUCACUGGCAAUAUGGUCAAGUUCAAAUCACGGGUUCAGUCGCCAAUUGACUCACUAUGGAGCUCACGCUAAGUGUUUAAUAAUUAUCAAUUUUUUUAUUUUUCAUUACUUCAAUUACAAUAUAUUAUUUUGUUAAUUAAUCAGCGCGACGUAAUACUGUAGAUGCUAGAGCGGUUUUAAAUUGUCCCUAGUGGUUGUGAUAAAACGCUACUGUCAAAGUUUUAGGUAAGAAUUAUUUUUCUACCUGUUGAUUAAAAUUUUUAAAAUAAUUAUUAUAAGAUAUUGAUUGAUAUUCAAUUAAAAAAUAUGUAUGUAAUGUAAUAAGUAAAGUUAGUUUAAAUUAAACAAGUUUUUUUUAUAGCCAACUGGCAGUUUAUAAACUCAUAUCACUUGUUGUUCCGGUGGUGUAAUUAUGUCAAAUGAUGAUAAACUAAUUAACAGUUGUAAUGAUAAGUACAAUCGUUUAACUGGAACGCUAACUAAAGCAUAUAUAAGUAACCUUCGAAUUGACAUUGACCCAUUUCCAUUUUAACAUCGGCCUCCACUUCAUUUAAUUUAUCUAACUUUAAUUUAAUUUUUUUUAUUUUAUAAUAAUUUUUUUAUUAUUAAAAAUAAUCAACAAAAUUUAACCACCGUACAGAAAAGUAGAUUUUAAAUUUGCCAGCUCAUUAUUUUAAAUAAAAUAUUGUGUUGUAAUUUUAACGAUUUAUUGGGAAUGACUUCUUGGCAUUAAAGAGCAAGUGCGAUAAUUAAUCAUACUGAUAUUUAUUGUCAUAAAAUGUCGGAAGAUGAAAAGUUAAAAAAAAAACAAUUACGAAGUUGAGGCAAAGAAGAAAAAUUAUGAUCAUUAAUUAAAAUCACACGGUAAAUGUACUUGAGAAAAUAUUGUACUCUCAUCAGUAGACUGUCAUGACAAUGUAUAUUAAUUGCGUUGGUGAGAAAAGACGCAUGUAGAUAUAUAUUUAUAUAUAUGUCUUUUGAAUUGAUCACAUUCGCUGUUAUAUUGAUGCACGCGGACACCACACACUCCACGUGUUUGCUCACAAUUACACAAUACCAUGGGGCUAAAUGCAAACAUUGCAUACUUUAACUUAUAUUUAUUUAUACUUGGCAUAUAUAUAUACAAAUAAAAAUAAUUUAUAUCUUAUGCAACAUUCUUUAGUGUGAAAAAUAAACAAAGAAUAAAAAUUAACGUGGGUCUUUGGUGGAAGAUUUUGCAUUUAAUUAUCAGUUUUAUCUGAAACUGUUUAAAAUAAAACUGAUGAUUAAUUAAUUUACUGAAUUCCUCAAGAAAAAAAGAGCUAAAUAAAAUUUAUUUUAUCAAUACAAUAAUGUAUUUAAUACUAGGAUUAAAAAAUACGUGCCUUAUAAAUAUUAAAAUAAAAGGAAAUGCCAAAAGUUGUUCAGCCAAAUGCUAAUUAUUAGAACUUGUCAAUUUUGUACUGUGUAAAAAAUAAAAAUAAGAUAAAUCAUUA